AUGGCCCACGUAAGCCCAUCGAUCCUGUCGGCAAGACCAUCCUCCUCCUCCUCCUCCUCCUCCUCCUCCUUCCCCAACCCCAUCGAUCCACCCAUCCAUCCCAGGAACGAUCGACGCCCGCCCGCCCGCCCGCCAUGCUCUAGCUCCCCACCAACGGACGGGGAGGAGGAGGAGGAGGCGGAGGCCGUCGCCGAGGACGGCCAGGAUGAGGAGGGGGACACCGUCGCCGAGGACGACCAUGACAAGGAGGAAAAGGAAGAGGAUUCAGAUGCAAGGUGGACACGGCUGAAGACGGAGGAGGCGGCCGAGGAGGCAGCGGUGGCAAGGAAGGAGGCAAGGGCUCGGGCGAGGACGCAUGCGCAUCAUACGUUCACGGACGACGAUGAAGACCCCGAUGACCACUCGUCGGAGGGGGACUCAAGCUCGUCGGCCACGUCGACCGCCAGUACCUCUUCCCAGGAAGUGACGAGCAGGAAGCGCGUCCGUGAGGAUGACGAGGCGGGGAGUUAG